UAUAUACACACAAACAUGUACACUAAACUUUCCGCUGUUAUCUUGGCACUGGUACUUAUCCAGGUCUCCGUUGUCUUCUCCUCAAAGGGUGUUGAUAUCUCAGUUUCAUCCACUAUUGAUGACUUUAAGUGUCUCAAGGGUGAUGGCUACAGCUGGGUUGUGAUCAGAUGUUACGAGUCACUUGGUCGUGUUGACUCCAACUGCCCACACUCAAUCUACAACGCCAAGGAUGGAGGUAUUACUGACGUCGAUGCUUACAUCUUCCCAUGCACCAGCUGCGGCAAUGGUGCUGGUCAAGUCGUUGCAAUGGUCAACUACAUCAAGUCAUACAAGGCUACCGUCGGAAGAGUCUGGUUCGAUAUUGAGGGACCCGGAACGUACUGGAGCAACAGCCACGCUGAUAACCAGGCUUUCUUCAACUCAAUGCUCGAGGGAGCCAAGCAGGCUGGUGUCUCUGUCGGUGUCUACACCUCUGCCUCGCAGUGGGAGCCAAUCAUGGGCAGCUGGGAUGGUGGAAAGGCUCUGCCACUCUGGUACGCUCACUAUGACAACAACCCAUCCUUCUCGGACUUCACCUCGUUCGGUGGCUGGUCCAAGCCAUACGCCAAGCAAUACGUUGGUUCUACCACCGUCUGUGGAUUGGGUGUCGACUUGGACUACUAC